AAGCCUUGUCAGCGCUGUUGGUCUCGCUGCGACCAAUGGCGGAUGCGCCGCCGCAGGCCGACGGCGCCACCGCCGCCGCCAGCGGCAGCGGCCUUCGUCUCCGCAGCCGCGGAGUCGUCGAGGCGCUGCUGGCGGCGCAUGCCGUCACGGCGCUAUCGUACGACAGCCUGGCGGCGUCGCUAGCUGGCGGCGCCGCCGCAGGGACGUCAGGCGUGCCUGGCGCGCCGUCGGGCUUGCAGGAGUUGCUGCCAGCUCGGCUCGCAGCGGCAGCGGCUCUGGGUGCAUGGCUGGAGGCGGGUUGGGAGCCCGCCGUGUUGCCAGCGGCCUUUGGUUUCGCACAUAGCUACCGUAAAGACGUUGCCGCUGAUAAGGCCCAUCUUGGGCUUGCAUACGUGCUUGGCAGCAUGGGCGGCGGCGGCGGAGAUACCGAGGGCGGCGGAGGCUCAGCGGCAGCGGCGGCGGCGGAGCGUGAGCCCGCUAGCACGUGUUUGUCUCCGGAGCAGAGCUACUGCCUGAUCUGCUUGCUGGCGGAUAUGUGUCCCCGAGAGUGGCCGCCGCCGCCGACGCCAGGGCAGCAGCAGAGCGCGACGUUCCCGCCGCCAUCCAGCAUGACCAAGAGGUCCCAGUUGGCAAGCGCCCUAGAAACCGUAUCCAACCAGUUCCUGCGGCUGCUCUCCUUCGGCUAUAACUCGGAGUCCCGACUUCUUCGCUGCGCCACGGUUCGCAUGGUGGUCAAGGCAGCGGGCCUGGGCGGCGGCAUGCCAACCUUCCUGGCGCCUCCGCUGGUGGAAGCGCUGGCGGCGCUCGUUCGCGGCGGCGGCGGCGCCGGCGCGGCGGCGAGUACGGGGGUGCUGACGGAUGCGCGGCGGCUGCUGGAGGUGCUCGUACCGCUGGCAUACAAGCCCACCAUCAAGGCCGCUCUUCUGGACGCCCGAGCUGUCAGCGUCCUCUCGCGCUUCAUCCACAAGCUCGUCUCCUCCUCCAUCAUGCCCGGGUCCUCUGCAGCCGGCGGCGGCGGUGGUGCUGGUGGCGGCGGCGGCGGUCCUGGCGAGGCGGCGGAGGUGCCGGUGGUGGCGGGUCAGGCGCUGGAGGCGCUGCGACUGUUGGCGGAUCCCGACCUGUCGCUGUCGCCGGGGGCACCUCGGGAGAAGCGACUGCAGGAGGACGUCCCCGCCGUGCCCGAGGCCACGGCGCUGGUGACGGCGUUGCUCAGCUGCCUGCCCUUCCUGGGCGCCAACGCGAGCCUGGGGGCGCUGCUGCUGGCGGGUCCCUCCUUCGGGCUGGUGACGUAUCCGGCGGGUCGGGCGGCGGUACGGCAGGGGGCGGCCAAGUGGCACAGCGCGCAGGCCGGUAUCGGUGCGGGCGGCGGCAGCGACCUGGCUCGCAUGGUGGAGGCGCUGCGCUGGGCGGCGAGCCGACUGCGGUCGUCUGCGGAGAGCGCGCGGUCGUCGGCGGGUCCCGGACCCAUGGGUCAGGAGGGCAUGACGGUGGCAGCGGCGUGCACCGAGGUGGCAUCGAAGCUGGAGGAGGUGGCAGCGUCGACGACGGAAGCCGACAUUGACGCCGAGUUCCCGCCGCCGCCGCCAGCACCGCAGCGUUACGUCGCAGCCGUUGCAGCUGCGACCGAAGCGGCAACCGCCAGUGCUGCUGGGUCGGCGGCGGUAGAGGACGCUGAUGCUGCCGAGGAGGGCGCAGGAGCUGCCGCUGCUGCUUGGGCUUGGCCUGCCGUCUGCGACAAUGCGACUCAGUCGUUCUGGCGCUACUGCCGCGCGCGUGUUGUGCGUGGCAACGUCAGCAAGAAGCUGUCCAGGUGGGACUGCGGACCCCCGGGUGUGGAGCUUUCUGUGGCAUCGCUGCUGCCCUCGGAGCCGCUUUCCCGCCGCCGCCGCCAGCGAGACGUGCCACGGCCCUCCGGUGCAGUCGCGAAGCCAAGUGCUGCCGGCGCCGCCACGGCCGCCGGCGGGGCUGGCUCCGCCGCCGGCGCGGCCGGCGCCGCCGCCACCACCGCCGCUAGCGCUCCUGACGACGACAUCCCCAUUGUGACGGCGCCCCGCCGCCGCGGCGACAUGCGCGCUCGAGGCAGUAGCAGUCGCGCGCCGUCAAAGCACGUGGACGACUACCAACGGAUGGCUGCGGGGCCUCCGACGGUGACGGCGCCCGGCGGCGCCGCCGCCGCCAACGCGCAAGGCGUCAACUCGCCCUCGCCGCCGCGCGGCGCAGGCGGCCCAAUGGCCGGCCCUCGGCCGCCGAUGGGCCCGCCGCCGCCGCGGCCUCCGCCGGGACCGCCGCCCGCGGGUAUGCCUGGCGGCGCCGGCGGCGCCGGAGGUGGAGGGCAACAGCUGCCAGGACCUCCUAGUACGUCCGCCGGCAACAGCGGCGGCAUGGGUAUGGGCAUGGGUAUGGGCAUGGGUGGCUUCCGGGGCCCUGCGCUGCAGCCCCUGCCUAGCGUGGAUGCGGAUUCCCUGUACGACGAUCUGUUCGCACCGACCCCUGGGUCAGCAGGCGGCGGCGGGGGUCUGGGCGUGGGGCGUACGGCAUCCGGCGGAAGCGCGCUGACGUCGGUUAGGAGCGGCAGCUCGGGAUCCGGCACGGGUGGUUUCGGAGGAGGAGGAGUAGGAGGUGGAAUGCAGCAGCAGCAACGGCGUCCAUCGGUCCAACAGCAGCAGCAGCAGCAGGGUGACAUUGGGGAUGCGCUUUAUGCGGAUCUACAGCCCUCGCAGCAGCAGCUGCCACCUCCGCCUCCGUUGCCUGCACAACUGCAGCAGCAACAGCAGCAGCUGCUGAUGCAGUCGGCUGCAGGUGCCGGGGUCCCCGGUCCCGCGGCGGCUGGGAUGACAUCGCAACAGCUUGCGACCCUCCUGCGCGACCCGGACAAGCUCCGAGCACUGCUGGCGACCAACCCCGCCCUCGCCGCCAUCAUCGCGCAGAACGCCUCAUCCAUGGGCUUGAACCUGCAGGCGCUGCAGCGCUGAUAGUGCCGUCGAGUAACGCAGCUGGGUUGAUGACCCGCGGGUCUCUGUCUCCGUUGACGGGCGUCACCUCUGUCAAGGGCGGAGGUUGGCGGUUCCCCAGAUGCUGCGGAGCGGGGAAUAUGUUCCUGUUGUUAUUAUUUUGUAGGGGCUUUUGAAGGUGGGGUACUCCAGUAGUAAUGGCGGGUGAUGAUGAUGGUUAGUGCAAUCAGCACAUGCCGACGAUGCGUGUUGGGGCAAGUUGGGAACGUUUCAACCUGGGAAGGGGUUUCAAGGUGUUUGUGGAUUACCCAUUACCGGUAUGCCACGCAAUGCGGGUUAGGUUGCUGCCGCUGCUGCCUGCUGCCGGGCUGCUGGCUGGCUGCGCUGCUUUCUUUGGCUGUGCUGGGUGGGGGUGGUACAUGCACCAUGCACCGUAAGCCCGUCCUUAGGGGACCUCCAAGGUGCUCUACAGUCACCUGGCAGUGGGGAGUACACUACAUGGGCUCGUUGGCAGUAGAGAGGUAUCGGUGGGCGGUGCGGUUUCUUGGGGGGGCCUGUUUCUGGUGCUCUCCACCGGCAGUAGGAGAUUAUCCGUGGGGAACGGUGUGGUAAAGGAGCAGUGGGUGGAGCUGCUGCUGAGUUCUGUCGGUAUGCCGGUGUCGGUGGAAGCGGUCAAGUGAGGGAGGCCGACUCGGGGGGGGCCGACUCAGGGAGGAAGGAGCUGCUGGGGCUUCUUUUCAUGUCGCUUGCAUUGGAGAUGGAGCAGGUAGAGGUAGAGGACCGGUAGGAGGACCUGUUAUUGGGGAAUUAGUCCUGGCGUCGUGAUUGCACAAGGGGUUAUGUGGCUGGUGUUUUGGUGGAGGUGUAAGCAGUGAAAGGGAGGGGUUGAGGGAUAGGUCGGUGGUGAGCGUUUGGUUCUGUACAUGUUACAUACAAAGGCGGGGGCAUAAGUAAGGCGUCUUUUUGCGUUGGGUGGCGGAAAGGAUAUAGUUGAUAUAGUUGAUAUUACCGGGAGCCAAACUUGUGGAGGGCAAGGGUCUGGGCUAGGGAGGGGAGCAACCCCAAUGUCGGCACCGUACCAAAACCCCUGUUUCGGGAGGCUAGGAAUCCUAUUAAGGCAUACGUCGCUGGUAACACUUAGCCCGGUUGCGGGGCAGGAAGUGCAAGCCAGAGGUGCAUAUAAUGAAAAAAAGGACUUGGGUAGGGGUUUGCGGUUGAGGAUUACAAGCCGUGAGUUGGCUUUUGGCCCGGUAUUAACAGAACGCUGGGAGGUAAUGGGAAGUAAGGCCUGUGCUGAAAGCUUAACGGAAGGCGCAUGCCUAAAUGCCUUAAAAAUGCCUGUGUUGGCAACAACCGGUGUUGGGAAUGUGCCGAGCUUGCAUAUCCGAACUAGACACGUGGCUUUGCAUCUUUGAUCCCGGAUCUAAAUUUAGCUGUGUAUUGUACGCGAUGCCAUUUCAGGACUCGUGACACAAAUGCCGUGCGGAGAGCAACAUGCAUGCAACGUGAUAUUGGCAAGAAAUGCUUAUACCGGCGUUGACAAUGUCGGCAAUACUUUAGCUACGGAACAGUACUGAACACAAUGAAUAACAUUUGACACCGUAAUUGCGUUAUUGUCAUAUCGUGGUCCUUCAAAAGGGCGCAAACGACGGACGUGGAAUAGGGUGGCAUUCUGGCAUAUACUCCUAUUCUUCUGCACUGUUGCAGCUUUCUUAAUGUCUAAACUGAACUUGUAAGGGCCGAGGAUCCAUCUUUGGGAUGGAAAGCGACGACCUUGAGAAUGGCAACAACCCUACAAGCAGCACCGAUCUUUUGGCGUUGUUACCUCCGCAGCUCCUUCUCGAAAACGUUCUCCCCUUCCUGGAGGCAGAGGAUGCCGUUCGACUGGGCAGCUGCUGCCGAUACCUCCGUACGACAGCCUUCACAGACGAGAUCUGGAAGCCGAGGUGUGAGGCACUCCGUUGGGGGCCCUUUCCUCGCGGGAUGACCUGGCAGGCGGGUUUCAGCUCUCGUCGCCAGUCGCUGUGCGUUGAGUGUGGAGCUCCCAGCCGAUAUGCGUUUGCACUGCUGGGGUGUCGCUUGUGUGAAGGCUGCGAGCAUAAGAACCCACGCUACGGGCUCGUCACAGCGCUAGAGGCGACAGAGCGGUACGGACUGCCGUACUCGGCGGUAGCAGCCCUGCCGUACCAUGAGGCCUGUCGUACGCGCUUUUACCUUCGGUCCACUGUGGUCGACAUGUCGGCGUCGCUGAUGACCCAUGGGUCAGCGACUGGUGACCGAGUCCGCCCCAAUGAGGGGGCCGUCGCUACUGGAGAAGAUGGAGGCGAAGAGGAGGAGGAAGAGGCAGAAGCGGCGGAGAAAGAGGAAGGAGAGGCGGAGGAGGAAACGCAUCGGGAGGAUAGACCUGGCAGCGGGAGCGACGAAGAGGACGAGGAGGACGAUGAGAUGGGGGGUCAGCCAGACAGCCACACAUCAGCCGCCGCCCGCCGCCGCGGCGCAACGGACAAGGCAGCCCGCAAGGCUGCGAAGAAGGCGGCCAAGGAGGCUCAGCGGCAGAAGCGGCAGCAGAGACACGGAGCUGCAACAACAACAACAACAACAGCAGGCAGCCCCGCUGUUGGGGGUAGCCCCCCUGCUGCUGCUGCUGCUGCUGGUAGCGGUGGUGGCGGUGGGGUGCGGCGCGGCGUCAAAGGCGGCAGCGGUGGGCCGGUUGGCGGAGGCGGAGGCGGAGGGCAUGGUGGCAACGGCGGUGCGGUGUUGCCGUCAACGUCGCCGCUCGCAGUGAGUCCAUCCGGGGCCGCUGGCAGGACAUUCCCACCGAGGCGGAGGCCAUCCUCCUCUGCGGCAGCAGCAGCAGCAGCUGCUGGCGGCAGUCCUCCUGGCUGCCGGGCCGCGGGGCCCUUGCUGGUAGCUCAGGACGACGGCGACGGGGUUCCGUUACCGUUGGAAGGCCAGGCGGUACCGCUAUCCCGGGGCAGCCGGGGUCACCGACACCACCACCAACAACAGCACAGCCGGGGCGGGGGAGGCGGCGGCGGCGUGGGUGUUGCAGCUGGCGGCGGUGGUGGAGGUGGAGGAGGGCGUUACGUCAAGCUCAAGAGCGGUUGGGCUGCUGAGAGAGAGGCGCUGAUGGCUGAGUGGGGUCAAUUCGGUAUUAGUGGGCUGCGAUUGGCAAGCUAGGCGGAGGCUGAGGAUAGGAUUGGAGAUUUGCCGUUGCUUUGUUGUCGGCCUGUUUCUGCUGCUCAAGUAUCUGUCCGAGAGUGAUCUGUGCUGUGGAAUGUGGACGCUUUGCGUGAGACGGGAGUUAGAGAUAUGGAUGUUUCCCAAUGACGGUAGGUAACAUUUCCAAUGUUUGACACCGUGAAAGAGCUCCGCCCAGGACCCACACGCAAUGCGUGCCUUACUUCCGAACUCAUCCUCACUCACGGCAUGUACGACACUUGCCGCCGCAUGUGUAACCACAAGUACGACA